CCUAUAUGGAAGAUGGAUAUCAUCAUGCGGCGUCUCGGAUCGGAUAACACGAUAAACAGCCGCAGCAAAGUAGACCACGAUCCAGACCAGAUCCUCCAAGAUGGGGGACCUUCCUUGCCCAUCACGGGCAGCCCCACACGAGACGCCAGGAGGCUGCGCACCAGGGAAUCCGACGAACCCGACGAACGGCUCAGCGCCUACGGAGAGGGCGAAUCACUGGCGCCGUUGGCGAGGCCACGGGGAAUUAUAAGACGCCGCGUCCGCCGCGCUUCCUUUCGUUUCUGUUCAUCGCUGUGUCUAGUCAAUUAAUUGUUGUGGUUUGUUUCUCAUCCCACUCUCGGUCCUUGUUUGCAUUAUCUGGACGAUUCGAUUCGUAAGCGAGAUCUUGAACGCUUGGCUUCGGCUUGGACAAACCCAGGUCCCACACCUCGGCAUCUACCACACCGCUAGCAGAGAGCACUACCCUCCUGACCAAAGUCCUCUUAUCCAACGCACACGCCCCCUCCCCGGUCCUGUUCUUGCGUCAUUGAAGCAAAAGCGGGGACAGAUCGUGGAUAUGGCAACUGCCAAAUCGGCGAAAUUCGCGACGGUCGAGGAGGUGCUGAAGCACCCGGCGUUCCCGACGUCGACAUGGCGUCUGGUGCCGACCCGCAGCGGCCGCCUGCCCGUGGCCGAGGGGCGCGGCGGCCCGCUGAAAAUUAGCUGGGAGAUACACGGCUCCGGCCCCAUCAAGAUCGCUUUCAUCAUGGGCCUCGGCUCCUUCAAGACGUCCUGGCAGCGCCAGACGCUGUACUUUGGUCACGAGCACGGCGACAAGUACUCGGUCCUGAUCAUGGACAACAGGGGCAUGGGCGAGAGCGACCACCCGAUCCUUAGGUACUCGACCUCGGAGAUGGCGCUCGACGCGCUCGAGGUGUUCGACCACGCCGGCUGGUCGGCCGACCGGUCCGUGCACAUCGUGGGUGUGUCCAUGGGCGGCAUGAUCUCGCAGGAGCUGGGGUGUGCGGCGCCGCAGCGCCUCGCCAGCCUCACCCUGCUUUCGACGGCGGCCGAGAUCAACGGCCAGGACAAGGGCUUCGUCCAGAACCUGCGCAACCGCGCGGCGCUGCUCGUGCCGCGCGGCGUCGAGGUUAGCGUCCGCUCGGGCGCCGAGCGCAUCUUCCCGCACCACUGGCUCGCCGCGCCCGACGACGCGCGCCUGCCGGCCAGGGGCACGCCCGGCGUCGAGAUGCCGGACGACGGGGCCGGUGAGUACGGGCUCUUUGGGACAAACUACGAGCGCUUCGUGGCGCAGGAGAUGCACAAGCGCGCGCACAGCGGCUUCACCACGCCCGGCUUCCUGCUGCAGCUGAUCGCGGCCGGCUGGCACCACAAGAGCCGAGAGCAGCUGACCAAGAUGGCGGACGAGGUCGGCCGCGAGCGCAUCACGGUCCUCCACGGGACGACGGACGAGAUGAUCUCGCUGGCCCACGGCAAGGUGCUCAUAGACGCCAUCCAGCCAAAGUACGCCAUCAUCCUCGAGGACCUGGGCCACGCCGUCCCGAUGGAGCGGACGGCGUGGCUCCAUAGCAUGCUGGAGGACCACAUAAGAGAAGCCGAAGAGCUGGGGACCGCCCCGGUAAAAUAACCGUUUUGGGAUCUUUUUGCCUCGAGGUCAACGCGAUAUACAUACACCGAUUUUGGUUUUGUUUUCUUUUGAGACAUUCUCUACCUUUUUUUUUAUUUUUUACUUAUAAUCGUGGGAAGUUGUUGGGCAUGGACAACCGCAUGUCCUGACCCUUGCUAGGGUGCUACGAGCUGUUUGUUUUUCUAUCACCGCGGCUAGCAUAGGAGGCAAUACAGAACAAAUGCGAGUUUGCAAAUAGCAAAAGGUCAAAAAAGGUG